AUGGUGCCUGCGUUACUAAUUCUUAUGGGAGCUUUGGUAACACUGCAAGCUGACUUACUUUCUCCUGAAAAGUUUUUACUUCUGCCACCUGUCAAUUUUACCAUUAAAACCACCGGAUUAGCUCAAGUUCUUUUACACUGGGACCCAAAUCCUGACCAAGAUCCUGUGGAUCUAGAGUACCAUGUGAAAAUAAAUGUUCCACAAGAAGACGAAUAUGAUACUAAAAAUACUGAAAGCAAAUGCGUGACCCCGCUUCAUGAAGGCUUUGCAGCGAGUGUAAGGACCAUUCUGAAGAGCAGCCACUCUCCCCUGGCCAGCAGCUGGGUUUCUGCUGAACUCAAAGCUCCACCAGGAUCUUCUGGCACCUCGGUUAUGAAUUUAACUUGUACCACAAACACUGUCAAAAGUAGCCACACCCACUUCAGGCCAUACCAAGUGUCUCUUCGUUGCACCUGGCUUGUUGGCAAGGAUGCCCCUGAGGACACACAGUAUUUCCUAUACUAUAGGUUUAGUGUUUGGACUGAAGAAUGCCAAGAAUACAGCAGAGAUGCACUGAACAGAAAUAUUGCAUGCUGGUUCCCCAGGACAUUUAUCAACAGCAAAGGGUUUGAACAACUUGCUGUGCACGUUAAUGGUUCAAGCAAGCAUGCUGCAAUCAAGCCCUUUGAUCAGCUGUUCACUCUACAUGCCAUUGAUCAAGUGAAUCCUCCAAUGAAUGUCACAGUGGAAAUUGAAAACAAUUCUCUCUAUAUACAAUGGGAAAAACCACUUUCUGCCUUUCCAGUCCAUUGCUUUAAGUAUAAACUGAAAAUUUACAACACAAAAAAUGGUUACUCUCAGAUGGAAAACCUGGUCACCAAUAAGUUCAUCUCAAAAAUUGAUGAUGUGUCUACAUAUUCCAUUCAAGUGAGAGCAGCUGUGAGCUCACCUUGCAGGAUGUCAGGAAGCUGGGGCGAGUGGAGUCAACCGAUUUAUGUGGGAAAAAAAAAGCAGCCCUUGGUAGAAUGGCAUCUCAUCGUGCUCCCAGCAGCCCUCUGCUUCAUCUUGUUAAUCUUCUCACUCAUCUGCAGAGUGUCUCACCUAUGGACAAGGUUGUUUCCACCAGUUCCGGCGCCAAAGAGUAGCAUCAAAGAUCUCCCCGUGGUGACUGAAUAUGAGAAACCUCCUUGGAAUGAAACCAAAAUUGAAAUUGUACAUUUUGUGGAAGAGGAUGGAUUUGAAGUCAUGGAAAAUUCCAUGUUUUGA